AGCUGGCCAAAGGGCUGAUUGUGUCUUGGCUGUGGAGGAAGAGCGGGCAGAUUCCACUUACUCUAGCCAAACAGAGGAACGUUUGCCCAAGAAAUAUUCUCUGCUCUCUGGCAACUGGAUGGGAAGAAGGAAAAUCUUUGACCUUGGAAAAUGAAGAUGUUGUUGCCAUGGGAACUGUUAAUCCUUCUGUCACUCAAAGAGUGCCUGGCUGAGAAUACACGCCACGGUCCUGUCUUCACCCAGGAGCCCAGUGACAGUAUUUUCCCACUGAGCACUGAUGAUAAGCAGGUGUUUAUUAACUGCAAAGCAAAGGGAAACCCUCCUCCACAUUAUAGGUGGAAAGUAAAUGGCAGAGAAAUAAACACAGAGUCAGACCCUAACUACAGUCUUGUAGAGGGCAACCUGUUGAUCAGUAACCCUCAUGUCAUCAAUCAUGGAGGAGUGUAUCAGUGCAUCGCCGCCAACUCGUUUGGGACCGUAGUCAGCAGGGAGGCAAAAGUCCAGUUUGCAUUUCUGCAGAACUUCAGCAAGAAGUCAAGGAACACGGUGUCGGUGAGAGAGGGUCAAGCUGUGGUUCUGCUCUGCGGCCCUCCACCCCAUUACGGAGAGAUCAAAUAUUCAUGGAUUUUCAAUGGACAGCGCAGCUUCCUGCAACAGGACGCCCGGCGUUUCAUCUCUCAGAGGACGGGCAACUUGUACAUAGCCAAAGUUGAAGCCUCAGACGCUGGGAACUACACGUGUGUGGUGAGAAAUAUGAUGACCAAUGCCACAGUGUUCAGCUCCCCAACCCCUGUGGUGGUGCGGAGGGACGUGGUCAUGGGUGAAUACGAGCCAAAGAUCGAGGUUCAGUUUCCUGAAACCCUUCACGUCUCUAAAGGCUCAUCAGUGAAGCUGGAGUGCUUUGCCUUAGGAAACCCUGUGCCUUCUAUCUCAUGGAGAAGAGCUGAUGGAAAUCCACUCCCCGGCAAGAUUAAAAUCAAUCACUCCAGUGGGGUUCUGGAAAUUCCAUACUUUCGCCCGGAGGAUGCCGGUGUGUACGAGUGUGUAGCCGAAAACAGCAGAGGACGAAACAUUGCCAGAGGGCACCUUAUAUUCCACAAUGUUGAACAUCUGCAGUGGGUCCAGACACUGAAAGAUGCUCAUAUGGCGAUAGAUGCUAAUCUGCAGUGGGAAUGUAAAGCCAUCGGUAAACCAAGGCCUACAUACAGAUGGUUGAAGAACGGUCAGCCACUAAGAGCAGAGGGGAGGAUCCAUGUGGAAGCUGGUACACUGACCAUAUCCAGGAUUGGUCUGCUGGACUCUGGGAUGUAUCAGUGUGUGGCAGAGAAUGAACAUGGAGCUCUCUACGCCAGUGCUGAGCUCAAGGUUGUAGCCUCCCCACCUGACUUCACCCGGCGCCCCGUGAAGAAGUCCACAGUGAUCCAGAGGGGGGGCGAGGUGGUCUUAGAGUGCCGCCCCCACGCUUCCCCCAGGGCCACAAUCUCAUGGUGGAAGGGGGGCGAACUGCUGAAGGACAGCAAGAGACAGACUAUCAUGGAGGAUGGGACUCUGCGUAUCACCAACAUCUCCAAAUCUGAUGGAGGCAGGUACACAUGUGUGGCCAGGAACCAUUUUGGAACAUCCAGCAGCACAGGAGCACUGGUGGUUAAAGAACCCACCAAGAUCAUAGUUCCACCCUUGAGUUUGGACGCCACUGUGGGACAGAGCCUCGUGUUGCCGUGCGAGGUGUCCAGUGAUUCAUCCCUGAGCCCCAUUUUUAAGUGGUUUUUCAACGGCAAAGCCAUUGAUUUCAGCAGGCAGGAGCACUUUGAAAUGAUUGGAGGGGGAUUUGCAGGUGACCUGAUGGUGAGGAACAUUCAACUGAAGCAUUCUGGGAAGUAUGUGUGCAUGGUACACACUGAAGUUGACACUGUUUCAGCAGCAGCAGACCUAAUUGUCAGAGGACCUCCCGGUGCCCCGGAGGGCCUAGUGGUUACUGACAUUACUGACACCACUGUGCAACUGUCCUGGGGCUCUGGACCUGACAACCACAGUCCUGUUACCAUGUACAUGGUGCAGGCCAGGACCCCCUUCUCUAUAGGCUGGCAAACUGUGAGAACAGUUCCUGAUUCUGUGCCUGGACAGAUGAUGCAUGCAACGGUGAAAGAUUUGAACCCCUGGGUGGAUUAUGAAUUCAGGGUGGUGGCAAUCAACAGUGUUGGUGUAGGAGAGCCCAGCACGCCAUCAAAACAGAUUCAAACCAAAGCAGCAGUUCCCAGGGUUGCACCGGCUAAUGUGAGUGGUGGCGGAGGAGCUCGAGGAGAACUUGUCAUCAUUUGGGAGCCAGUUCCAGAGGAACAGCAGAGCGGAGAGGACUUUGGCUAUGUUGUGGCUUUCCGCCCGCUUGGCAGCAGCACCUGGAUCCAAACAGUGCUGGCAUCACCUGAUGCGUCCAGAUAUAUAUACAGAAAUGACAGCAUCGCGCCCCUGUCCCCGUUUGAAGUUAAGGUGGGGGUGUACAACAGCCUGGGAGAGGGGCAGUUCAGCCGUGUUGUUAAAGUAUUUUCUGCAGAGGAAGAGCCCUCUGAGGCACCGUCAAGAGUGUGGGGCCACGCUGUGUCAGCCUCUGAGAUCGAGGUGUACUGGGAUCCAAUUCCCCUCAGGUCCAGCAGUGAGAAGAUCAUUGCAUAUGAGGUUCUGUUUUGGGAGGAAGGAUCUCGGCAGAGUGAAGCAGACAGAGUGAGGGUUAUCAACACCACAGCUCUGCUUUCUGGUUUAAAGGGCAGCACGGUCUAUCUGAUCUCAGUCAGAGCCCAAAACAGUGCUGGACUUGGACCCUGCAGCCCCACAUUUAACAUCACCACCAAGAAACCACCUCCAAAUCAGCCUCCAGGCAAUAUUGAGUGGAAUCUGACCAACUCUAAGAUCUUUCUAAAUUGGGAACAUGUCAAGGCGAUGGAAAAUGAGUCUGAGGUGACAGGAUACAAGGUCGUCUAUCGUCAGAACUGGCAUGGCAGGACUACUGUAGUGGAAACCAAUAAGACCAGUGUGGAGCUGCAGAUCCCUUCUGGAGAGGACUACCUCAUUGAGAUCAAAGCUCUGACCAAAGGGGGCGAUGGUACCAGCAGUGGCCCCAUCCGCAUACCAAAGAUGUCCAGUCUGAACUCAAAAGGAUGUGUGUGUCCAGUGUCAAUGACAAUUUGCUGUUUUAUGAUGCUUUUUAUAUUUUAUAUGUCCAUUUUGUAG